CGCAUGCCGGAAGUGCAGGUGCCUCAGCAUCACAACAAAAGUGGAGCAGGCUUGGCAGGUGAAACGGGGAAGCGACGAAACGAUUUGAUCCAGUUCACGUUUGAGACCGCAUCUGUCAUUAUUUUACUUUGUUCAUUCCACACUCUGUAAUCACGAGGCGACAUCGCAAUGGCUUUGAACAAGAACAAUUCUGAAUCCGGAGGCGUCAUUAUCACCAACAGUGAAAGUGUGUUGAUGAGCUAUGAGAACGUGGAGCUGGUGUUCUGUGAAGCUGAGUGCCUGCCUGAUGCCUUCAGGAAGAGUAAGAAGGGGAGCAUCUUCCUGACCCCCUACAGGGUGAUCUUUGUGGCGAAGGGGGGUCGUGAUGCUCUGCAGUCCUUCAUGAUGCCUUUCUACCUGAUGAAAGGCUGUGAGGUCAAACAGCCUGUCCUGGGGGCCAACUACAUCAAAGGCACCGUCAGCGCAGAGCCCGGAGGAGGCUGGGAGGGCUGUGCCACCUUUAAGCUGGUGUUUGCUGCAGGAGGAGCCAUAGAGUUUGGACAGUACAUGUUACAGGUCGCUGCACAAGCGUCCAGAGGGCAGCCUGUGAGUGGUGGCUUUGGGGGCUGUCCCUACAUGGCCAAUGGGGCCUAUGCCUACCCUCCUCCCCCAGCCAAUGGGUACCCGGCAGGACCCCCACCCGGGUACUCCUACCCCAACCCCCCUCCACCAGGUGUAUUCUACCCCAACCCCCCAGCGUUUGAUGGCCCUGCGGCCUACAUGCCCCCUCCUCCCUACUCCGCCCCCCUGGGGCAGCAGCCCCCCCACGACCCUGCCCUGCCCUCCACAACUGCAGCGGAGGCAAAGGCAGCAGAGGCAGCAACCAGUGGCAGCUGUUCCACACUCCCUCCCACCUACCUGCCACAGGACAACCCCCCCCCUUACUCCCCUACUGAAGACAAGAAGACCCAGUAGAGCUGUAUCUCAGCUCCCACCCCUCCUUCACACGGCCUGUACCCCCCCCUUUCCAUCCCGAUGUUGUCUCUCUUCCACCAACCCCUCCUUUUGGUCUCUCUCCUCUCUGUCUACCUUGUUCCCUUUCAUUCCCCCCUUCUCCUCCCCUCCUCUGGUCAGUCUCUUAACUCACAUUCCUCUUAAUGAUAAUUGCAGCAACCAGCUAGCUAUGUUAGCUCCACCCUCCCCAGCUCGUGUACAGGCAGUUCCCUUCUGAGUUCCACUAACCAGUUCUCUCAUACCCACCUGACUUUAACUAAACAGUGUUACUUACAGCUCUUCUAGAGUGGUUGAUGAUAUGAUUGUAGCUUGUUUGAGCCAAAGAUGUCAGGAAACGGGAAUAUUAGGUUAAGACAGGGGUGUUUUUGAUUGAGGUAGUAGUAUUCUUGGGUACCUGCUUUUUUCUGCAUUGCCAAACACUAAAUUUUCUUGCCAGAUCAGACAACGGCAAGUUGGUUAAAGCAGAAACGGACAGACAUGCAGGCUCAAGGUUUAGCAGGUCGUUUUGGUGAGAAGCUGAUUUAUUUCAUAAGACCGUUGAUGACUAAUCGAACUGGGCUGAAUUAAGUGAUUUCUCUGCUAUCCAGGGGCUAGCGAAAGGCUGUAUUGUUGAUUUAAAAACAUGUAUUCUUUGUCUGUACAGGCUUUUAAUGUGACAACUUCAAUAUGAGAGGAUAGCAGUAGAUCAUUGGACCAGGUCUUUUGUUGACAAUUUACAUAUCUGAAAUGACAACCUUCUAUAAAGGGGAUAUAGUGUUGGUUGAGACUUUCCUGUUGUGUUGAUAGGAACCAUAAUGUCCGGUAUAGUGGACAGCUAGCUAUAAUACUAGGAAUCCCUGAUCCUAGGUGAACUAACUACAUGGAAAGAUUAUUUUAGCUAUCUGCUACUUCCUGUGUGUGUGUGUAGAGCAGUUGCCCUAUGAUGUCAUGUCCUGUGUCACUCUUCUAAACAUUCUAGAACUCACUCACCACAUCAAGGAAUUAAACAAAUAAAAGAAUUCCUUGCAUCACAUCACUCUGCAGUGUUCUGGACUAACAGUUUAGAUCAAUAGUCACUUCUCUCUCAUCGAACAACACUAAUGGCUAUCUACUUCUCUUGUGGUGUGUAGUUUACUGACAUGUUUGAGGUCAGUCUCCUGAAUCUGAUCUGAGCACCUUUAAUAUUUGGGCAUCUCUCUUUUCUCUCUGUGGCACAAUGCAGCCGGCAGAUUCUUUGCACUUUCAGAAUGCUAUGCAUCGGGCCUCUUCGCUCCUGCCAUGGCUAUGUGUAUAGUAAAAAAGUAAGAUAUGGCUAUAUAUUUAUUUCAAGCUCCCACUAAUUUAUUGAGUUAAUUCAUUUGAAAUGGUCAAAUAUAUUAUUAAAAAAGACAAAAGCAAAGCAUGGGCUGAAUUGUAACUAAUAUGCAUUGGAUUUUUAUUAAACUGAUCUUGUGAUGUUGAA